AGGACACUUUAAUUAGGAUCUGAAAAACAUUACAAGUGAACAAACUCCUUUCUGUUCUGAACUCUGAUCCUCUGGGAUAUGCUUAGACGGUACCACGUGAACUAAAGGAGGGGUCUCCAAACCUGCACACCCACUAAAAGUCAUGCCUGUAACCAGACCCCGGAUACAUUUUGGAAGAUAAGCGCACAGACUUUUCUUGUCAGAUGUUUUUUAAAGUUUGAGCUGUAAAAGCGAGAUAUGGGCUGUAACUGAUUAAAUACGUGAAUGUUGUAAUCACCCGUGCAGUCUUUAUCUGCGCCUGAGAAUUAGUACACAUUUUACCACUGUUAGCACGCCAGACCUCCGUCAGAUCAGAGCGGACCAGUGUGCAGCUAUGUCAGGGGACGGGACCGAUCAGCGAGCGCUCCAGUAUGAGCAAACUUUGAUGUAUGGCAGAUAUACCCAGGAGCUGGGGGUAUACGCCAAAGAAGAAGCAGCACGCUUGCGGGAGGAGACCAGUUUCAGGAGGACACCGCUCAGCCGGUCUGCGGAGCUGCUGGAGUACGACAAGAGCCGCUGCGCCAGGUGUCGAAGGAACUCUUUUAUGCUAGAUGCUGCAGCUCAAGACAUUUUCUCUGUCUGCACGGUGAGAUGCCAGAAGUUCCUGAUCUCCAGGGUGGGGGAGGACUGGAUCUUCCUGAUCCUGCUCGGGCUUCUGAUGGCGCUGGUGAGCUGGGCCAUGGACUACGCCAUCGCUGUCUGUUUGCAAGCACAAGAAUGGAUGUACGGUGGGCUGGACAGCAACGUCUUCCUGCAGUACCUGGCCUGGGUCACCUUUCCCGUGGUCCUCAUCACCUUCUCCGCGGGAUUCACGCAGAUUCUCGCACCCCAGGCAGUCGGCUCUGGGAUUCCCGAGAUGAAGACAAUCUUGCGCGGGGUGGUCCUCAAAGAAUACCUCACUUUCAAAACCUUCGUGGCCAAGGUGAUCGGCCUGACCUGCGCCCUGGGGAGCGGUAUGCCCCUUGGGAAAGAGGGUCCGUUCGUGCACAUAGCCAGCCUGUGUGCGGCACUGCUCAGCAAGUUCAUGUCACUGUUUGGUGGAAUUUAUGAGAACGAGUCUCGAAACAUCGAGAUGCUGGCAGCGGCCUGCGCUGUGGGGGUCGGCUGCUGCUUCGCUGCACCCAUCGGCGGCGUCCUCUUCAGCAUUGAAGUAACCUCCACGUUCUUCGCUGUCAGAAACUACUGGCGAGGCUUCUUCGCAGCCACCUUCAGUGCCUUCAUCUUCCGAGUGCUGGCUGUCUGGAACAAAGACGAGGAGACCAUCACUGCACUGUUUAAGACUCGGUUCCGCCUGGACUUCCCCUUUGAUCUCCAGGAGCUGCCUGCCUUCGCUGUCAUUGGGAUUGCCAGUGGGUUUGGAGGAGCCCUCUUCGUUUAUCUGAACAGGAAGAUCGUUCAGUUCAUGAGGAAACAGAAAACCAUCAACAAGUUCUUAAUGAAGAAGCGCCUGCUGUUCCCUGCUCUGGUAACCCUCCUCAUCACCACUCUCACCUUCCCCCCAGGGUUCGGACAGUUCAUGGCAGGACAGCUCACUCAAAAGGAGACUCUGGUCACCCUCUUUGAUAACCGCACCUGGGCCAAGCAGGGCAUCUCGGAGGAGUUUGUGCACCUCACCACCUCGGGGGCGUGGAAGCACCCUCACGCCAACGUCUUCGUCACCCUCGUCGUCUUCAUCCUCAUGAAGUUCUGGAUGUCUGCCCUGGCUACCACCAUCCCCGUCCCCUGUGGAGCCUUCAUGCCAGUCUUUGUGAUAGGGGCUGCGUUCGGCCGGCUGGUUGGGGAGAGCAUGGCGGCCUGGUUUCCGGACGGCAUUCACGCAGACGGGAACGUUUACCGCAUUGUGCCCGGUGGCUACGCCGUGGUGGGAGCGGCAGCGCUGGCUGGAGCAGUGACCCACACCGUGUCAACAGCGGUCAUCGUGUUCGAGCUGACCGGCCAGAUCUCUCACAUCCUCCCUGUGAUGAUUGCGGUGAUCAUGGCCAAUGCCGUGGCCCAGAGCCUGCAGCCCUCGCUGUACGACAGUAUCAUCCGCAUCAAGAAGCUUCCCUACCUGCCCGAGCUGGGCUGGGGCCACCAUGAGAAGUACAAUAUCCGCGUGGAGGACAUCAUGGUGCGUGAGGUGCGCUAUGUCACCCUGAACUGCUGCUAUCGGGACCUGCACAACGUGCUGCAGAUAGGCAACCUCAAGACCCUGGCGCUGGUGGAGUCUGCAGAAUCGAUGAUCCUCCUGGGCUCCAUCGAGCGCUCGCAGCUCCAGGCUCUGCUCACCCAGCAACUAGGGCGGCAUAACCGCAUGGCAUACCUGCAGGAGAGGGCACAGGCUGCUAAGAAGCGCCUCUCCAACCACAGCCAGGGCCAGGGCGGCAACGAGCCGGGCAUCCAGCGUGCCAGCCAGGAGGUGCGCUUCCAGAUCUCCACGGAUACGUCCACAUUCAGCCCCUCGAACGCAGGACUGCAGAAGCCCCUGAAGCCAGCACUGAAACGAGCCUCCUGCCCCACAGUGGAGACCCCCACUGGGCCUGUGGACAACACUGCCAUCGCCUUAAAAAACCUGUUCUGUGUCAACCCAGUAAGCGAGCCCGCCGAGAACAAUGAGCUGUCAGGUGCCCCUGACAACAGAAAGCCCAAACAAGUGACAAUAUCCAUCGUGGACGAGUUUGACGUGGAAGAUGACAUGACGGUAUUGGAGGUAGCCGAGUGGGAGGAGAGGCAGCUGGAAGAGCAGGUCAACUUCAACAACUGCAAGAUCGACCCGGCGCCGUUCCAGCUGGUGGAGAGGACGUCCCUUCACAAGACCCACACUAUCUUCUCUCUGCUGGGCUUGGACCAUGCCUACGUCACCAGCAUCGGCAGGCUGAUCGGGGUAGUGUCGCUCAAGGAGCUGAGGAAGGCGAUUGAAGGCUCGGUGACGGUGAAAGGUGUGAAAGUGCGCCCCCCGCUGGCCAGUUUCCGGGACAGCGGCACCACCAGCAGCAGCGAGACGGAGACCACGGAGAUCCACAAGCUGUGGGACCGGCACAAGAGGAUAUCUCUGCCACGCGAGUCCAGUCCUUCGGAGACCGACGACAAAUCCCAGUGACAGGAGAGCGUGCGAGCGCCGUGGCCCAGGCAAAGACUCUGCCGGCCGGGACCCCAGAACCUAUCCCACUGAAUCCACUUUACUGCACUGCGGGGGUCCCCCAGCACGUAGAAUUAGGAGCCCUUGAGGGACGAUGAGUGUGUGUGCAGAUAGCAGAAGAAAAUGGGACUUUUUAUUGUACAUGUUGAACGUCUUGCAAGCUUGUUUGUCUGGGCUACCCCUGUCAAUGAGGCGUAUAUGUGAAGGUUGUAGUCCGGGUUGAACGAGCUGCACGGACUCCCACUACGUAGAGCUUGGUAAGAGAUUUCAGCAGGCGUAUGUGUAAUUGAGUGUAAGGAAAUAAUCCCUGCGCUUUAUUCAAAUGGGUAGCUUCGGGUACAGAGCAUAUUAUAAUCUUAAAUAGGGACAAGUUCUAUGCAACGGGAGUCUUAUUGCCAUUCUGUAUGUACCUGUAUGUCUGUACAGUACACCCACACACUAUGGGUCAAGAAAUGGGAAACAGACAUUAGAAUCUUUUAAUCGAUUUAAUCAGAGCAUGUGAAUGAUCGAUUAAUCGCGUAUCUGUAAGUCCUAAAUUAUACACAAUUGUGAAAUGAAUGUAAAAGUGUUUAAUGAAAGAGAUGACUUAAUUUAUUAUAUUUUAUUUAGCUUGGACAGAUUCAAUUGAUCUGUUUAACAAAAACAUAUAAGUGAUGUGAUAAAUCAAUUAAUCUUUAAUCAUAAAUUUAUUAUAAUUUGUAUUCCUGCAUUAUUAUUUAAAACUCAGAACUAUUGGUUCGGUUUAUGGAUGUAAAUUACUGGAAGCAAUCUCUAAACUUGUGGCCAGUAGUGUGUGUGUGUCUGUAUCACAUACCUGAUUAUUGCAUAUCGCAGGCAUAAUCAAAUGAAGAGAAAUGCGGUCCUGAUAAUGGUAAAUGUCUGUUCGUUUGAUAAAUAUUCAGGAAUCCUGGCUAUGCACUUACCAUGCCUCUCCUCCAGGGGGGUUGCAAGCAGGCUGGGUUAGCAAGCUGCAGUACUGACAGCAUUCACAGACCGCAGGACAGUGAGCAUUGCUGAGCAUCACCAGGGGAAGCAAAUAGCACAGGUGCCUAUAGGGGGCGCCACCAAGGCAUUUGAAUUCCUGCGAGAAAGGCAUCUUGCAGGCAUGGCAAUUGGAUGCACUAGUGGCACCCACUAUAGGCAGCUGUGGUAUUUGCUUCCCCCGGUGAUGCUCAUCAUUGUUCACUGUUCUUCUUAUUCACACCUACAGUGACUGCUGGUAUGUGCUUUCCAUGGUGCCUUGGUGCUAUACGCUGUGAACUCAUCUGAUAGAGCAGCUUGCUGAACUGCACAACCCUGUAUGUGACAGGAAACAGGGAUACUGAUGUGUCUGCUAUUUAAUAUAGGCUGCUUGAAAUGUACAUUAUCCAGUAACUAAACACACACUAGCAGAGCAGGGCAGAAACAGACAAGCUCUGUUCAGGAGUUCGAGGCUCCUCCGAUAGAUACUUUAAAUACUCGAGACCUUUUCACAGCCCUUUGCUUUUUAUGUGCAAUCCAUUUUUUGUUUACAUUUGUAUGCAUGCUAGUCUUUACUUGCAAACACAGGACAUGCAGGGAAUUGAAUGAGCAUACCUGUCAUACAUUCUCAUAUAUAGUCUUCCAUUAGUCAGAGGGUCUGUGUGAAGCAGCCAUAACAGUGCAGAACAAGGAGAAGAGUUUCUGAAUAUAUUCUGCUUUACGGUCUACAGGCCUCUUCACACACUGACGCUGCUGCUAUUGAAAAAAGACGUUUACAGAGCAAUCAAUCUGACACAUGAAUGGGCAUCUACACACAAACCAUACCCUACCACAAACACUGAACUGAAUCCUAAGCUCAAGGUUCCUAUUAGAUUGCCGUGGGUGCGUGAAUGCAUGUGUACUAAAGUAAUGACUGCUAUGUGAAAUUCACUUUUGUAAUGUCACUUUAUGUUCUUUGAGCAGACUAGCCCUGCUGUGUGACUGGCAUAUAGGGCGUGCCAGUGCACAAGGCCUGUGUUCCUAAGUGGCGGGCUCACACUUUUUCAUUUAGCUGUGCUACACUCCAGACUUCCUCUGUUUCAUUCCAGAAACACUCGGAUUAGUCCUGACUACUUCGGUGCUGUAAGCGACCACCACGCCAGCUUCCAUGUUACAGAACCAGCACCCCUGUGCUGGAAGCGUCCGGGAAUGCCCCUUAUUAAACUGGCGUGAGGAAAUCAAAGUUGUUUCAGUCGGGGCUCAGGCACCACGUUAUUAAAGAUGGUGGCCUGGCACCAGAGUCUCAGCUUACCCCCUCACACCUCCACCCAUGCAUGGCAGCAGGCCGUCUAGUCUAGUUACUGAGAAUGCAUGCUGUUCGGGCUGUUUUCUGUAGACUGUUUCGCUGUUCAAAUCCAACAUAUUUUCAGAGGAGAGCAGUACAUUUUUAUUAUGAUUAUCAUUGUUGUUAGUUUGUUUGUGUGCUUGAUUUGUUUUUAUUAAUUAUUCAUUAUUUAUAAUCGUUCGCCAUUAACUGCCAUUUCUUGAACCUGUUGUUUUUGACAACGCUGUACUGUAAAGUGCAGCAAAAGAACACUAAAGGAAGGUUUACAAUUUUUAAUAUAUUAAACAUUAUCACUGUAAUUUAAUGUGAAUUAAAUUUAUACUGCGAUGCUUAACAUCAGGACAAAAUAUAUAUGUAUUGUUUUAAGAAAAGAAAAAUGAAUAAAAUUAAUUCAGAGAUUUGUCUGCAAGGAUCCAAAACUUCUGUCUCCCUUUAAAAAACAAAACCCUGCCUGGAAACUGGAAAGCAAUGUAGUUCAUGUGAAUGCUACGUUGUGAACAGCGAUCACCAGGCUCAGAUAUGCAAGUGCAAGCAGUUUGGAUCGUUGCACACAUCCUCUGGUACAGAAUGUCAUUUCCUUUUUGUCCUCCUUCUUGUUUUCUUGCUGUUUAACUGGAACUAAUCACAGGGGUAGAAACUGCAGGGGCAGGUUUUUAAUGAUUACAACUCAGAUAGUGCUGAGGAUUGUUCUUUGAAAUCCUUUGAAAUAAUAGAUGUGUGCAAUAACUCCUCCUCAUUUCAUUUUGUAACAAGAUUUACUCUACUACUUGACACGAAUGCAAAAUAACCUUAUUUUUGUAAAAAAAAAAAAAAAAAAAAAAAAUUGAAACGAUUGUCUGGAGGUAACACUCUGUUCGUGCUUCAUGGCUGUGCUGCCUUGCACCUUAAUCACUGAAUGUAUUAGUCCGAUCUUGCUGUCAUGUUUUUGAUGCUUAACAAAUGCCAAUAUCUGUAUAUAUAUGAAAACAUCUUGGGAAAUGCAGAUUAACAAAUUUACAGUGAUAUUUUUCAGAACAAAGAAGAAAUGUUUUGUAUAUCGGAGAGAAAUAAUAAACAUUUUAACACAUUGAAA